AUGGCCAUUCCUCACGUCCUGAACCGUUCACGAAACGCCGAUCCUGCACGCAACAGCGAUGCUGCCGCUCAGCACGGCACAGCAAGCGGUGGAACACGAGAUAGACAAUCUGCCUUGUUGGCACUGUCCCGUGAACUGAGGGACAUUGUGUAUCAUUCCUUGUUGAACGAAAGAAAGAGGCCGCCGGAGGAUCCACACCAUGCAAAUGACCGAACUCCCACUUCGCAGUCGUCUCCAGGUGCUAUCUACUACGAGACGCAAUCGCCGAAACCUGCUUUGCUGCAACUGAAGCUCUGCUGUCGGCAGGUGUCUGCAGAGGUGCAAGACCUGCUUGCGAAACAUGUCGUGUCCCACUCUGGCCCAGGGCAGCUCGACAUCAUGGUCCGAGGUUCAUCUGUCUGGCCUACGUGGAUUGCGUUACCACUCGCAUCGAAGCUCGAUCCGAUCAUAGACAUUGAACUUCGAAUCUUCGAUACAACAGGACUGGGCAGCGAGUUUAGCACCGGUGCGUACAGAGCGCUCUGGUCGCUGUUCAAUCGUAUGGUCUUCCGGGGUCCAUGUUUGACACACUCUCGCAAUCUGCAGAGGCCGUUGAUAGUGGGAAGACUACGCUUCAACAUUGUGCUAUGCUUUCCGACAUCUGUUGAUGACCUGUUGGGAACGUACAGAGACGUCUUCGACCGACUGGAGAGGCUGGCGUAUGACAAUGUUGGGUUGGGCAACGUCGGUACGAUUGAAGCAUGUCUUGGGGCUGAUCGGAGGGUCUGGAGACUCAAGCAGCUGCCAACUGGGUUGACUUUCGCCAGCAGGCAGGUGGAGUGA